UUAAUACAACGAAAUACUUUCCAGUAUAACAAGAACCUUUCAAGUACUAGUGGCGCUGUGAGCUAUGGAAGCGUGGCGGUGUUGGGCGUGUAUGCUGUGAUGUGAGUGGAUGUAAGUAAUGAAAACGGAAUGAUUGUAUAUGAUGAAGUUCUGUAAUGGGGAUGUGGUAACUGAAUCAUAAUUUGUUAAUGAAAGUUAAACUCAUUAAGUUAUUGAAGAGUAAUUAAUGGAGAAUAUAGUGCUAUGUGCCGUUUACGUAGAGCCAUGCUUUCCUUACGUGAAGGUUGAAAGAUAUUCAAACCAUUAUUAAGCCUUCAACCUUAUUUUCUGGCGGUGGAAUGCUGCCAACGAAUUCACUGUUCAAUGAUAAAGGUAGCCUGUUAACCUAUCAGCACAAAGGUGGUACUAGUGACAUUGACAUCUUUGUGGAGAAACAAGUGUUUCUUGAUGUAAGAGAUCAUAAAUUAAGUGCUCAUAUUGAAGGCAUUUUGAAGAACUUGGGUGCAACUGUCCACAUAUUUUUUGUGGAGGACGUGAAUUUGAUCGUAACUGAUAGAAAAGGAUGGAUUGCAGGAUGCAGUGGUGUCGGCGAAAGCCCACGUUCUCAUGUUACAUACAAGUCUUCGUGGAUGUUUGGCUCAUGUUCUAGUGGUGCUUCUGGAUUUCAUUCAUGGGAGAACAGAGAAGAAUUACACAGUAAGUCUCGGGUGGAGGAGAUGCUAAAGAGAGUGAAAGAUCAACCUACUCAAGUGACUAUUGAUCCAUUGGAUAUAGCUACAAAGAAAGGAAUCACCAUAUUGCCAUUGGAAGAAGCUUGGCAGCGAAUCAGAAAUAUUUCUAACUCGGCUGUAGCUGAGGUUAGACAUUUAAAAUCUCCAUUCAUAAAAGUGGAUGUUCCACAUGGCAAUUACCAGCCAGUGCUGAAAGAAUUUCAAGUAGGGUGGCCGUCUCUAAAGAUAAAUGGUACAGGAAGCCCAUUUGUUUCUCCAAAUAGUCAAGCCAAAGGUUCACAUCAAUCUGGAACAGCCAAUGCUAUUCCACUCCAACCAUUUGAAAAUAAGAUUGGAAAAGAAAAUCAUAGUACAUUGUUGGGUGCCAAGAGAGUGAAGUCGGAUGUACAAGGCACCCUUCACUUAAACAUCCAUCAGGGUGCAAAGGUUUACAUUUCCUCAAAAGUAUCAAUAGAUGAAAACUUGCCUUGUGCAGUUGAAACUGAAAAAAAUUAUAAAUGUGUGAAAAACCCAUUUGAUCCGAGAAAUUAUUUGAGAGUACGUAAGGAAUCUUUGAAAAGAAGAGAACAUAGUUCUGAAAAGAGUAAUUUACUUAAUUCCGAAGACUUUGUUGAAAAGAAGGUAGGGAAUUGUUCCCAAACUCAAGAAAUUUGUGAAAAUUCAGGUCUUGUAAAUAACACAAGAAUAUUAAAACACCCAGGAUUCAUUUUUAAUACUCCCACUAAUGUAGCUGUUUCAACUCCCAUUGUUAAAAACACUGAGGUGUCUAGUGGAUUAUGUAGUCUAUUAAACUCCGAACUAAAUGCUUAUAGAGCACAGUUAUCCUCAGAAUGCCACAUAACUAUCAAGUUAACAGAUAAUACUAAGUUCAGUGGUGUUAUGCAAAUGCCUAUUAGGCCACCUAGAUCUGGAAAAUUGUAUGUGUUUCUUCCCGAACCCAAGACGACAAGGGAAGUAGGUGAAAUUCAUGUAUUGCUGCGGGGUGAAAAUGUACCUGUACCACCAGAGAAAACCUUUCUGGCCCACAAAACUGCAUUUCAAGUUUAUGAAUUUUGUGAACUGUUAUCUCAAGGCUUCCUAGUUGUGACAGGUGGAAGCAGAGUUAAUAUUUAUGAUGAUAUCACAACAGAUAGUUGCUUUGAAACCCUCCAGUGUUCACAUGGUGUUUUCAGGAAUGAAAAGUCGCUCAACCAUAAUGCAAGGAGUGAGGACACAAAAAGUAGAGUACCCUGUACUGGUGAUGUAAACAGAAACUCUGUAGCUAUAAAUGUAAGUCUCAAAUCUGCUGAUACCUUUACUGAAAAGUGGUUAGCAGCAAUAUAUGGCAUUAUAAUCAAAGUUACAGUGCAGAAUGAUUUUAAUGCUCCAGUAAAUUGUGUGAAUGUGAGUGUGUAUGCUAAACAUUGUGAGCCUUGUUUGCAAGAGUACCCAAAUAUUGUGGUACCUCAGUUAAAUCUAGAAAUUCUUGAGAUUGUAAUUUCAUUGGUGAAGUUGGCUUGUGAAACUGGGCAACUUCUAGAGUGGUGUAAGGUAGCGGCACUAAAGAAACAAAGCAGUCAUUGUGAGCUGGAGGACUCGGCUAACAAUUAUUUAGGUGAAACCUUGCUUUUUAAGCUGGUGUUUUCUGAACAGUGUUUUUUUGAUGAAACAUUGAAAACAGUGCUUCAAAAUACUGUAGAGUAUUCAUUGUUCAAUAGAAAGUUCAAGGAUGACUUGAUUCAUCAGUGUGAAUUUGAUCUGCAAUAUCCAGUCAAAGUUUUUGAUUGUGCACAGACAUUCAAGAAUAUACACGAAGCAACAUUUAAGAAACCUAAAGAUCCAGUGGGUGAUAUCUUGGAGAAAGAAGUUUUCAAAAAGCCUGAAAAAAGAAUUUCCAAAACUAGAGACACUUCAAUUUUUAGUGUUCCCAGGGGAACAGCUAAGGGCUUUCAUGGAGAUUUGCAAUGCAUUUCGCCCAGCGUACGAAAGUUAGUGGAACCUGUUCAUACGAAAUCUAAAAAAUUGAAGUUCGACAAGGAUGUAAGUGUGCCGUUGGUGAAAAGAUACAUGUCAGACUUUAUUCUAAGGAAAAAAACUCUUGAAACAAAUGGGAGCUCUGUGAAAGAGAUUAAUACCAACAAAUGGAGUGCUGUGAAGAAAUGCCGUGAUUUGCAGUCUACAAGUGUGCCUCAUAAGAAAAGGCCAUCACACAAGUCAGUGAAGCCACUCGGUAAUAUUCCAGGUUAUUGUGAAAUAUGCAGCUGUGAUUAUACUUCCUUGGCAAAACAUGAAGCGGAAAGUUCACAUCGCAAUUUCUUUCUGAAGACUGACAACUUUGAUGAAUUGGAUCAAUACAUAUCAGAGGUCAACAGUGAAUCAGCAUCGGUUUUAAAGAAUUCGGGAGUGUUCUUUGGGCCUAAUCGACGUUCCCUUCGCAGUGAUAAGGCAACUUACGUCUCAGGUACUCAAAUGAACUCAGACUCUAACAAUUGGAAGAAUUCACUCCCAUCUGCACGAAGAGCAUCACUUCCCCCUUUCUCAAAUGGUCAUCAUUUGAGGUCUGGUAAAUUACUGGAGAAAGCUACCAAAACUACGGGUCAGAAUGAUUCUAUGGAGCAGGUGCAGUGCAAUGGUGUAAAUCCUUCCCAUUGUUAUGACACCAGAUAUGGUAGUCGAAAUGCUGAACAACAUAAUCAGAAAUUUUCACCGAGGAAGACCAAUCAUUGGGAUGGUCCAUUAGGAGGGAAACCAAAACGUACUCGAACAACUUCAGCAUCAUUUCUAAACUUAUCAGAAACUGAUCAACUGUCUCGUACUGUUAGUGAUUUAGGCCCUAAACUAAGAUCCCGUCAUGUGUGGUUUCCAAAUAACCUAAUUGCGCUAUCAUCUGAUGUUGAUGAUGGUUCUAAACAUUCUUGUACUACACAGUAUGAAGCUUUGCCCCUAGGAAAAGGUGUUCAAGAUUACAAAGAUGAUUUUAAUACCACUUUAACUGGCAGUGAUUUAAAUAUUAAAGAAGAUAAAGUGUAUAAACAUUCUGAUCCUAAACACUGUCAUCAGAUGGUAAAAAGGAAACGUCUUACAGCUGAAGAAAAGUUAAUAGAAGAUAAUAAAGCUUAUUAUAAAUUAGAAGUUAAAAACAGUAAACUGCGCUCAAGUGGUUAUUACAUACAUCAAAGAGAAAGCAGUGCCUCUGUUGUGGAUAAAGAACCAAAAGUAACUGAACUUGAAAUACCUAAAGAGACAGUUGUCACGUGUAAUGGUGAUCAGACUGAGUGUGCGAGUGUUAAAGAUAUUGGUAAUGAGAAGUCAUGUUCUGUUGUAGAAGUUAAGAGAAAUAAAAUAAGACUAUCAGAGCUUUCCCUAUUGAACAAUGAAGCAGAAAAUUUUAUGUUUGGUGAACUCACUAAGAAUAAUGAAUAUAGUAGUGAUGAUAGUGAUUAUGAAGAUAACAAGAAUAAUCUUGGGAAUAAUAGUAUAUGUUGUGAAGAUUCUGUUGGUGAGGAUUCAAAGAAUAAUAAUGGUGAUGAUUUAUUAAUUAAUAAAUGUAAAAGUUUAAGUGAAUUAAAAAUAGGGAACAAAGAAAAAAACCUAAAUUACAGUAAUAAAGAAACUUCUCUGAACAUUAGUCAGAAAUUUGACCACUGCUCUCAAAACAAUAUACCACAAUUUGAUUGUGAAGUAUCAUUUCAACAAAAAGGUGAGAAACAUUUUCUUAAUGAUUCAGAAUAUGAAGAAAAUAUGCUUGAAUACUGUUCAUUAACUAAUAGUGAAUGCAACAGUGUGGAUAAUUUUCAGAGAAGACACAGAAAAAGAGCUCUUUCUGAGUCUCACGUUCAUGGUAAUGUAGCCUCUUACAAAAGUGAAGUGUCCGAUGUUCAGUCUUAUAUCCAUGUUCGUGCUUCACCUCAUAUGUCUGUGAAAAUGCAAAACAAAUUGGAAAAUGAAAAUGGGAAUGAUGGUGUAGUGAGGACAAAUAGUUACAGUAGCCCGUGUACAUCUGAAAAUAUAAAUGCAAGUUUGCAAUCUUCCAAUUGUGAUAAGUUGGAACUUAAGCCUUCCUGUCUGCCAAAAGUUGGAAGUGAAGACAAAGAUGACAAAAUGAAACCUAGUGAUAAAUACCCAAAUGUUAAAAAUGAAGCUGUUACAGGUCUUUAUUUUUCUUUUGAAGGUAUACCAGAGAGUGAACCAUGGUUUCAAACAUACCAACGUCAGGAUGAAGGAGAAGAGUUUUAUUUGUCUACUGUUCAUGAUUGUACUUACUGGAAAUCAUUUCUCUUGCCAUAUGAGAUGCCACCAGAACAUUUUAAUACUUUGAGUAAUAAUGUAGGUGUUCCAAAAACCACGAAAGUAACAACUAUUAAGAGGCGUAAGAGGAAAAACAAUGCAAAUUUAUUGGAUAAAAAACCUAGAAAAUCUCCUCGUUGUCAUGCAUCUACUCUUGCAAUUUUGUCAAGCUUGAUGCAUCAUAGGAAGAGGAGAGAGAGUGAAAAGCUCAGUGAUGAUAAUUUACCAAGAAAUGCUGAAGAAGAUCCUACAAACUCCCCUCUAGCAAGCAAUGCAAAUUCAAACCAACAGAGAGGAAUAAAUGACCUUGCUCAGAAUGCAGAUCAGUUACUUGGUUUGUAUUCAGAGAUUGGUGUGUCAUCUGAAAGUCAUGCUGUUUCUACUGCUGAUGCAAGUGAAGAAGUGAAUCAUGGAAGAAGUCACAAAAUAAAGGGAUUGAAAUAUAAAAGACCUCAUAAGUCUAUACAUACUGGUAGCACUAAAAAAAGUGAAACAGAUAUCAAUAUGAAAUCUCAUGAUGUUAUUGAUGUAGAUCCUGUAGUAUUGGAGGAAUUAGCUGUCAGUGGUGAAAAUUCCUUUAGUUGUGUGGAUGAUCUCAGUAUACGAAAUAGAGGGGGACCAUAUAUGGAUGUUAUAUCAUUAUUAAAUGGUUAUGGCAAUUGCUGUUGUGUAGAGGGAUUAAUGAAAAGUAGGGAUAUGUCACGAUAUGAUGAUGUGCAUCCUUCAAGAGAGACUUGUAAUAGUUCAGAAUGUGCAUCUUCCACUGGUGAAACUGCACAUUAUUCAGAUAUGAUUAGGGUAAGAGGAAAGAAAAGAAAGAGGAAGAAAAACAUGACUGGAUGGCCAGUUGAAAAACAAAAACUUAAGAGAAGGUUAUUGUUAAAGUUAGCAAGGCCAGAAUUGCAAGCAACAGUUUCAGAAGUGAAAGAAAAAGAUGAAAGAUUGGUGAUGAAUGAAGAAAGUAUUUCUACAUCAGGGCCCAAUGAUAGUAAGUGUUUGCCAUGUGUAGAGGUACAGGGUGUUAAUGAUGAACUUGCAAAGCAAUCAGAAACCAGUGGUACUAUUGAUAGGAGUAGAAAUAGUAUUAAUGAAGUUGCUUCUGAAAACACAUGCAAAAAGACUAUUAAUUCUAGGUGCAUAGAUGUUGAUACUGGUUCAGAAAUGAAGGCUUCAGUCAGUGAACAGAUAGAUCAUGGUGAAACAUCAACAGUGGCUACACCUACUAGAACUGCAGAUAAAUUAUGCAUGACAAGAACUGCAAGUGUUGAUUCCAAUAGCCAACAUUGUGACUUUCAGCCUAGAGUUAGAGUAAAGAAAAUGAACAGUGUUGAUGAUUUAAAUUUUGUUUUAAAAAAUUCAGGCAGUGCAUCAUCAGUUAAUACUAGGCAAUUGCGUAGUGCAUCUUUUUCAUCAAGUGUUACUUUAAGAAAAAAUUCAUUUCAUUACGAUAGUGUAGAUACAAUGGAAGUUGUGCGACGUGCAUCAGGUCGAAUGAAGAAAUCCUGCAGUAGAUGGGAUUCAUGGUCAACCAGAAGGCGAAGAAAAAUUGGUUAUGUGAGUUUAUUGCUUUGUGCAAUAGAAUUUUCUCAUAGCAUGGAUCCUACACUGAAACAGGAACUUCAAGAUCAGGACCAAAGUACAGGAGAGGUGAUUGCAGUUUUGCUGUACAAGUAACCACAGAAAAUGCACUGAUGAACUGAACAAAGUUAACUGCUCAUCACCAGUUUAGGAUUGUAUUAAAACUUCAUUCCAUUCUGCUUCCACAAGUGAUUUAGAAUUGUUACAUCCAGUAUAGUAGAAAUUACUUUAUGGAUGUAAUCAACUAAUGUUCUGCUCUGUUGGAUUUCUUGAAAAAAUAAAAAAUGACUGAAUAAAUUGUGUAAAGGGAUGCCAGAUGUACUGUGGGUGUACUAUUACCCUCACUGCAUCUUGGAAUUUUUCUUUUUCCCUUUUAUCU